AUGGAACCUCAAAAAUAUCUAGUGAAUGUGAAUCUCACUUCAAUGACGGAAUUUGUUCUUUUGGGAUUUUCUGACAUUCCCAAUCUCCAAAUGGUUCUUUUUGUGAUGCUUCUGUUUAUCUAUGUGAUAAUUCUGAUGGGAAAUGGCAUUAUUAUUCUCAUAACCAGGACAGACCAGACUCUCCAGACCCCCAUGUACUUUUUCCUCGGUAAUUUUUCCUUCUUGGAAAUCUGUUAUGUGUCUGCCACUCUUCCUAGAAUGCUCACAAACCUUUGGACUCAGAAAAGACAUAUUUCUUUGCUUGCUUGUGCAACACAGAUGAGUUUUUUCCUUGUAUUUGCAAACGUAGAGUGCCUGCUUCUUACAGUGAUGGCCUCUGACCACUACGUGGCCAUGUGUAGCCCCCUGCACUAUCCUCUGGUCAUGAGCCACAAGGUCUGUGUCCAGCUGGUAGCUUCCUGCGGGGUCACUGGAGUUCCAGCUGAGAUGGGGCAGACGUGCCAGGUUUUCUCUCUGAACUUUUGUAGAUCCAACCAAAUGAGUCACUACUUCUGUGACAUCCGCCCAGUACUGAAGCUGGCCUGGGACCCGUUUCUGAACGAGAUGCAGGUCUUCACAGUUGCUGUGCUUUUCGCCGUGGCCCCUAUCCUGCUGACACUUGGCUCCUGCUGUAGAAUCACCUCCAGCAUCCUGAAGUUGCCAUUGGCAACAGGAAGCGCAAAGGCGUUCUCCACCUGCUCAUCUCAUGUCCUGGUGGUGACUUUAUUCUCUGCAUCUGCGAUUGCUACAUAUUUACGACCCAAAUCCAAAAAUUCUUCCAGGACAGACACAUUUCUCUCACUUUUCUAUACCGUUAUCGCCCCGAUGUUUAACCCCCUGAUAUACACUCUGAGAAAUAAGGAUGUUUUGACAGCCUUGAGAAAACUGCUCUCUUAA